AUGUCUACCGAAAACAAAAUCCCAAGUGAAGAUAUCCUGGCACAAAAGUGGGACCGCACCAUCUCCAAUUUCGUUGUGAAAACUGGACUCGGUUUGAGUGCAGGUAUCGUUGCUUCUGCUCUGCUAUUCAAGAAACGUACCUGGCCCAUUGCUAUCGCCACUGGUUGGGGUUUUGGUGUUGCUUAUGCUGAUGCUCAACGUAUUUUCCACCCUUCCAACAUUCCAGGUGCCAAGUUUGAGAAGGAAAAGCCUACUGCGUAA